GAUGACAAUGACUCGACCCACAAAAAAAAAUCACCAUGGCUGGUGCCCCCCCCUGCAACCCCAUCUAACGACGAUUCGUCCAGUCGACAAGGCGAGGCCCGACUCGCUCGCUGCCAACGUCGACAUAUGAUAGCGCAAACCGCCAUGAGCGUGGAGACACGGGAAUGUCGACGGCCAGAUUGCACGCAUGCCGAUGACGACACCACCGUCGGCAACCCCCUCAAACCCCAACGAGGCAAUUCGACAGGCUGUUGGCUCGUCUUCAAUGCCAAGCGAAGCAAGAAUCAUGAGGCCUGUCGCGAGGAACAAAGGAGUGAGAAGAGAAGGAAAUACAGAAACCAUCUGGCACAUCGCCGACCCAAGCAGGAAUCAUGGGGGCGAUCGCGUGGAACGAGCGAGAGGGAACCAGAAGGGAACACAAUAACCGUGUGCCCCAAUGUCUUCGUCAUCCGUUCCCUCCGUCCCCGCCACUUACGACACGUGCAACGAUAUGAUGAUCAUCGGGGUGUUGAUGAAGAUGAUGAUGAUGCUGAUUGCGAUGCAGAUGAUGCAGAUGAUGAUGAUGAUGAUGACUACGACGAUGUCGAUGAUGAUGAUGUUGAUGACUACGACGGUGGCGAUGUUGAUGACUACGACGAUGAUGAUGAUGAUCGUGAUGAUCAUGAUGGUGUUGAUGAUGAUGACAACGAUGAUGAUGAUGAUGAUGACGAUGACGUUGACGAUGAGGAUGAUGACGAUGACGUUGACGAUGAGGAUGAUGACGAUGAUGAUGAUGAUGAUGACGAUGAUGAUGAUGAUGAUGAUGACGAUGAUGAUGAUGAUGAUGAUGAUGAUGAUGAUGAUGAUGAUGACGAUGAUGAUGAUGAUGAUGAUGAUGAUGAUGAUGAUGAUGAUGAUGAUGGGUGCGUAAUGGAGGCGACCUUCUCGACACCACGAAUCAUGGAGUCGAUGUUCUCGACACCAUUAACCAUGAUUCAACAGCCGUGUGGUCCUGUGAUCUUCGUCGAAGCCAACAAGCGCCGCAGGGUUCUGGGGGCUGUCUUGCGGUGGGAGAAUGCGAAAGGCAGUCGUCGACGGUUCUACAUGAAAAAUGUGUACGGUUUGAAGGGGAACCUCAUCGCCGGUGCCAAGGGGGCAGUUCUCGACAUGUGUCUAUUCGAGGGGUUCGGAGUGGGUGCUGCGAACACCCUGUUCUACAACGAUCUCCGACGGCAGGGCGGGUUUGUUUUUGGUCGAGAGUUCUUCGACUUGUUGGAGGACAAGGACAUCGCCCUCGACGUCCCUUGCGAAGUCGGUCCCGACCUGGAAUUGUCAAUGCCUUUGCAGUUGUGCGGCGGUUGUGAGUCGAGCAAGGCAGCGGGGGAGGGGGGGGAUCUGGGUUCCGGCCAAGCUACACAUGUGCAGCGGGAGGAUGCCAGAGGUCAGUUUGACAACAGCGAAGAUGAGGCGACACCGUGUUCGCCGUUUUCACCGUCGAGGGAAAGAGACCGGUCCGUGCUGUCCAUACCUGGGGUCCGGCUACAGACCCCGGUUCGACAAGAGGUCGUAGCGGAUACCGGAGAGGAGGCAGUCCAGUGUGGGUCCGACUUGGAGCUCGCCGAGGGCCAUGGCGCGGACGACAAGGCCGUGGGCGGUGAGGGAGCGCAGGGGACUCCCCAAAAAAGGAGGGGAGAUUGUCAAGAGGACUUGGUAGGCUCUUCGAAGAAACAGAAGACCAGGACCCCGAAGACUACGGGAGAGAAACGGAAGGGAAGGGGGGUGGAAGAGGACCACCCGAGUAGCAAAUGUACGGCUUCAAAACAAAAACAGCCUGCGUCAAGACCUUCCACGACAAGGCCUGCCAUCGACGUGAACGCCGGGAACUUCCUGGAGUACAAAGACGGCGUCAGGACAAAGUGGGAGUUUGAGAUUAGCCCGGCUCAGAUCGUCGACCUCGGGGAGUGGGAGGAUAUUUACAACCAGCGGUCGCUGGAUCCUGUCCUCGCACAACGUCUGAAGUCGGAGGAGUGGAAGGACGAGCUGGCGGGAGAAUACUACUACUACGAGGUGUGCGGGCAGCAUAACGCGGCUGCAGCCCGGUCGCUGCUCGAGAGCGAGGUGGCCAAGAAGUACAAUUUCGAGGCGCGAAUGCUUUACUUUUCGGACGACGACUUUGAAGGGUAUUUUCUUGUUAGUUCACAGGACAACAAGAAGGAUCUGAAGGCGCCUCCAAGACAGUUGAAACUGUCGAUGAAAGACAUUCGGUGGCAGUGGAAGCAUGACGGCUGCCCGAGAGCUAUGAUGGGGAACCCUAGCGGGAAACAGGAUCAGGUUCGGGCUUGGCGCAAAAAGGAGAAAGAAGAGGGCGAUUGGUUCGUGCAAGUGCCCGACCCGGACGCACAUUGUUGGAAAGCAAUGGAAUCACUCACGGACAAUGAGAAGUGUCGUGUUCUUAAGAAGGUGCUUGCUUGCGAGGUCGUUUGGGUCCAGGCCGACUCCCCGUCGUUGGCGAAGUUGGGGAAGCUCAGCGUGCAGGAUAUGGUGCAGCUGGUGAAGUGCGACCGCGUGUUGGUCCGGUUGUGGAAUUACUACCAAUUCAAACACGAGAAGAGGCCGGACGUAGAUUGGAUCCAAAGGUACCCUUUCCUGAAAUCGAGGUCUGCUGUGUUAACGAAGUUUGAAAGUCGGGGAUUGGAUGACGAGUUGUGGGAUAACAGCAGGAAACACGUUUUCGACUCGGCGCUGUUCAAGGACUGCCCGCCGUACAUGGGUUGCGACCAGGACAACUCGAUUGAGGUGACGGAGAAGUUGGCGGGCCACAAGAAGUUGUCCGUCGACUGGGGAAACAAGGUUCUUUCCGUGUUGAAUGGGAGCAGACUGAAGAGCCGGGAGGUUGCCCUUGCCGAAAGCAUUGUUCACAUUAAAUGGAAAGACACGGGGGACGUUACAUCCAUCGCGUCGUUCGCUAACGACCCUUUGGAGGCGGAGAUCAGGGGCGCAGAGCUGAAGGAAGCAGUGGCUGUAACAAAGAACCACACAUUCGUCCUCGAUCUGUGCGAGCCAGUUGCCCUCAAACUACGGAAGGAAGGCCCAAGCGUGGGAGACUUUAGACACAACCUCACGUUUCUAGCCAGCAUGCACCAUUUUUCUUUCGUCAAGCUGUUGGAAGGGAAGUGGGUGAGGAGAGUUCAGCAAAAGAAAAGCUUCCCCGUUGGGAACAAUUUGUACAUGGAGGAAGACCGCAUGUACAUCCUCUUCAAGGGUGACGAUCUGCGCGCCAACACGUUCGUGGUCUACGAGGGAAACCUGCCCAGGGGUGCCGCUGCUGCGGUGCGAUUGCCUCAAAGGGUCACCCAGAUGGAUGUGUCCGAGAUUCCCUUUGUGCCUUGUGAUUGGUCGCUGGUGGCACCGGAACGACUGGGCAGUGUCUACCGGGAUAUGGAACGCAAUCCGAUACAAUUCGUAGGUUUUCUUGAUUUCCUUGGCAAGAAGGGAGAGGGUGUCGUGUUCCUUGGGAAACCGCACGCGCGAAGUGUCUGGGAUCUUCUGAAGGUCGGCCGACACAUUGUCGCGAUGGAAGGGAACGCCGAGCUCUUGCAAUUCACGAUGCAGGUGGUGAAAAGCGAGGUCAGUUCAGGCGGGCACAAUUGUGAGUUCAUGGUCAUGAAGCCAACACGGGAUAAGGUGUGGAGCAACAAGACGGAUAUGUGGUUGCAGUUGAGCGAGAGGAAGAGGAACAAGAUAUACGAUUUCUUGUUCCUUCAAACGCGGCCGAGGAAGGACUCUGACGCCGAGUACAUCCGCCGGAAGGACCACAUGUUGGCACUGCUCAACAACUACCACUUCGCCUCCCACAUGAGCGCGACGACGUUUCUGGAUAGGCUGCGGUCGCUGUACUUCGUGGAGUCCGAUGAGCAGUUAAAGUUAGUCAGUUACGCUUCCCUGAUCUCCACUGAUGACGAGGAAGCCACAGGUGUGGAGUUCGUCGCCAACGCGAAGGAGGAGGAGAGCGACACGGAGAGUAUUGACCUGCAAUACGACCCACCUCCGGCGGACCACGGCAGAGGGUCCGCGUCGGCCGGUCCGUCACCAAGCGGUGCAGCCCUCGUGUCACCGUCGGCCAGACCGGCGCCGGGCACCACGCCGAUGAAGUUGCUGGAGAGACUCAGAGCUCAGGCCGACAAGUGCUGGUUGGAAUUGACGGAGGAGUACUACGACCUCUACACGAGUCCGUCGAAGGGCGUGGUGGACUGGAAAGUGCCCCCUCCCAAUGACCCGAACGGUAGUUCGGGGGGGGGGGCACCUGGAAGUGGAGGGGAUGGGGGUGGUGGCGCGGGGGGUGGCAAAGGAAUCUCGCCUAGUGGGGAGAGGCGGUCUCACGGCCGCAACACGACACCGGGAGGCAGCGUCGGGGUGGCGGGUUUCGCCGUCGACCGGGCUCCGUCAACAAGCACCUGGCCGGAGCAUACGACACAGUCCGCCGACCUCCCGACUUCGUCCGUGGGCUCAGCGAGGGACACGUUGGCAGCCUUGCUUGCUCUAGGCAGUCGCUCCGGCGGAAAAUUGAAGUCUGCCGGGAUCCGAACUACGUCCGUUGAGGAGCCGCCAGAGAGGUCCGGAAUGCAAAGCCGCUCGGGGUCGGGGGAGGCAAGCAAGGAUCCCGAAAUUGGCAGCAUUGCGGCGCGGGACGGAAACGUCGGAAAGGUGUUGCAUGAGCAAGAGCGACAGCCGCAAGGAUUGCAGCGAGAGGCUGCAAGUACAGGGUCCGGCGACACGGAGACGACGAAGUCCGCUGAGAUCCGAACUUCUUCGGGCGGGGGGUGUCGGUCAGGGAUUGUCGUGCCAUUGAGAGGGGCAGCGUGCACGGAGACGGAAGAGCGGUCCUCGGGAUUCAACACGGGUACCGCGGAAGGGGAUGAGUUUCGUGGAAGGGAAGUAGGGGAGAAAAUAGAGGAAUGGAGGGGAGCGGAAGAAGGGGAGGAAGAAGGGGAGGAAGAAGCGGAAGAAGAGGAGGAAGGGGAGGAAGCGGGAGAAAUGGAGCUACUUGAUUUGCUUGAAGGAAGGGAGGGUGCCGGAUCUGGAGACGAAGAAGUGGAGCACAGUGGGGACGAUGCCGGAUCUGGAGAGUCGUCUGACGAGUUCGAACAACUGUACGGAGAGCAUCACGAGGAUGAUGUCGACGACGAUGCCACAGCAAUAGAGAUAAAGACACAGGUCGUUAGCAGCCUUUCUGCACAGCCUGAAGAUUAUGCGGUCCGAUCACUGACAUCUGCUAUCGACUUGCAACACCGCUUCGACGAGGCUUCUGUCGCUAUUAGCCCGUCUAAAACAAGUCAGCGUAUAAGCAUCGACGAAGUUAUCGACUGUAUCCUCGGCGACCACAACGUGUCUGCCCGUUCGUCCACAACGCCUGACAUCGACGAAACUGGCAACGUCACGUCUUCCGUGGCAGCUGCCCUUGCUUCGUCGCCGCCGAAGUCCCUGGUCCUGCCGGCCACCCUUGCCGCCGGAGAGGAAGGCGAGGUCGGGGAACGACAACAUGUCACAUCCCCAAAAAAAUCGAGGGUCGGCGGUCAAGCUCUCGACGUGCUCACUUUGCCAGCGCCAAAUUCCCCAUCGAAGGAGCGGAGAGAGAAACAGAUUGGUAAGCCGUGAAGAACGCCACAUUGUCUGCGCGUUCGGAUGUCGUCGGAUUACAGUCCACGCUGUACACACGACG